CUGGGGGAGGACUGGGUUGCGGCGGGCGGAACGGUGUCUCCUUCACUUCGCCCUCCAGCCGCGGCAGCCGCAGCUCUGUUGUAAACUCGCCGAGCGGCCUCAGCUUCGAGCGGAGCGGCGGCGGCGGCGGCGGCGGCAGCGGCACCCUUCAGGAGACCACCAGAUCACCUCUUCCCGCGGCCUCGCCAUGGCGACCUACGGACAGUCCUGCCCGCGGCCAAUGUGUAUUCCUCCAUCAUAUGCUGACCUUGGCAAAGCUGCCAGAGAUAUUUUCAACAAAGGAUUUGGUUUUGGGUUGGUGAAACUGGAUGUGAAAACAAAGUCAUGCAGUGGCGUGGAAUUUUCAACAUCUGGUUCAUCUAAUACAGAUACUGGUAAAGUUACUGGGACCUUGGAGACCAAAUAUAAAUGGUGUGAGUAUGGUCUGACUUUCACAGAAAAAUGGAACACUGAUAACACUCUGGGAACAGAAAUUGCCAUUGAAGACCAGAUUUGCCAAGGUUUAAAAUUGACAUUUGAUACCACCUUUUCACCAAACACGGGAAAGAAAAGUGGUAAAAUCAAGUCUUCUUACAAGAGAGAGUGUAUAAACCUCGGUUGUGAUGUUGACUUCGAUUUUGCUGGACCUGCAAUCCAUGGUUCAGCUGUCUUUGGUUAUGAGGGCUGGCUUGCUGGUUACCAAAUGACCUUUGACAGUGCUAAAUCAAAGUUGACAAGGAAUAACUUUGCAGUAGGCUACCGGACUGGGGACUUCCAGCUACACACUAAUGUCAAUGAUGGGACAGAAUUUGGAGGAUCAAUUUAUCAGAAAGUAUGUGAAGAUCUUGACACUUCAGUAAACCUUGCUUGGACUUCAGGAACCAACUGUACUCGCUUUGGCAUUGCAGCUAAGUAUCAGUUGGAUCCCACUGCUUCCAUUUCUGCAAAAGUUAACAACUCUAGUUUAAUCGGAGUGGGCUACACUCAGACUCUGAGGCCUGGUGUGAAACUUACACUGUCUGCCCUGGUAGAUGGGAAGAGCAUCAAUGCUGGAGGCCACAAACUUGGGCUUGCUUGGAAUUGGAGGCUUAAUCCAGCUGGAAGAAACUUCUGGGAAUGGACAUCAGAAGAUUUGGCCUUAAUAUAUUUCCAGUGUGACCAGCAGACUACCCCAUUCCCUCCCCAAGGUGAUCAAAACAAAGGAUGAUUUAAACAAGAGCUGUAUUUUAAAUAUUUAGACAGUUACUUGUUAGCUGGUUUCUAGUUGAAUUGGUUAUCUAUCUAGUUACCAAUACUGCAGUCAUGCAGUCACCUAUACAUUAUUUAAAUGUAUUUAACUGUUAAAUGAGCUGUCCACCAAUAAUGAAAUAGACCUUUAUGAAAACCGUGCAA